GGGGCCGAGCCCGGGGCUGGUACAGUCCCCGCUCGGCUUUGCCUGCUCGCACUCAUCCCAGCACCCAAGGCCGCUGGAGCUCGGGCUCUGGGCGCCACCGCCGCUGCUGCACUCCGCCCUCGUUCAGUCCGCCACCGGCCGGGGCUUUCCGUGCGCUCUGCUCCGGGGAGCCGCUCGCUAUGAACGCAGCCCGGGCCCUGCUCUCCGCCGUGUUCCUCAUCAGCUUCCUGUGGGAUUUACCCGGUUUCCAGCUGGCUUCCAUCAGCUCCUCCACCAAGGGCCCGAGGAGCCGCCGAGAGGCGAAGGUGGCCAGGUCCCCCAGAGGCAUCCCCGCCCUGGCCAGCCACCAGCCGCGGCUGCCGCAGGAGGCGCAGCCGGGGGGCAAAGCGCAGCAGCGAGCGGAGCCCCACGAGUACAUGCUGUCUCUGUACAGGACCUACUCCAUAGCGGAGAAACUGGGGAUCAAUGCCAGCUUUUUUCAGUCCUCGAAGUCCGCCAAUACUAUCACUAGUUUUGUAGACAGGGGACGAGACGAUCUCUCGCCCGCCCCGCUCAGGAGACAGAAGUAUUUGUUUGAUGUAUCGACUCUCUCAGACAAAGAAGAGCUGGUGGGAGCGGAGCUGCGGCUCUUUCGCAAAGCCCCCGGCCAUCGCCUCUCCCAGCCCCCGCCGGGCCUGUCCUCCAUGCAGCUCUUCCCCUGCCUCUCCCCCCGGCUCCUGGACGCCCGGACUCUGGACCCGCGCGAGGCUCCCCCGGCCGGCUGGGAAGUGUUUGACGUGUGGCAGGGGCUGCAGCAGCAGCAGCCCUGGAAGCAGCUCUGCCUGGAGCUGCGGGCCCCGGGGGGCCGAGGGCAGCAGCCGCUGCCGGACCUCAGGAGCCUGGGCUUCGGCAGGAGAGGCCGGGCGCAGCAGGAGAAGGCCCUGCUGGUGGUGUUCACCAGGUCCCCGCGGAAGAACCUGUUCGCCGAGCUGCGGGAGGAGCGGGGCUCGCCGCGGGAGGAGCGGGGCUCGCCGCAGCGCGUGCCGCAGGAGACCCAGCAGCAGUUCAAGACGCGGCGGAAGAGGCGGACCGCCUUCGCCAACCGCCAUGGCAAGAGGCAUGGCAAGAAGUCCCGGCUCAGGUGCAGCAAAAAGCCCCUGCACGUGAACUUUAAGGAGCUGGGCUGGGACGACUGGAUUAUCGCCCCGCUGGAGUACGAAGCCUACCACUGCGAAGGGGUGUGCGACUUUCCGCUGCGAUCCCACCUGGAGCCCACCAACCACGCCAUCAUCCAGACCCUCAUGAACUCCAUGGAUCCCAGCUCCACGCCUCCCAGCUGCUGCGUGCCCACCAAACUGACCCCCAUCAGCAUCCUCUACAUAGAUGCGGGCAACAACGUGGUGUACAAGCAGUACGAAGACAUGGUGGUCGAGUCCUGCGGUUGCAGGUAGCAGGCUGCUUUGCCGGUCUCCCCGGGGGAGAUCGAGGCGGUUUGGAGCUAUAAAUGAACUCAAAGGACAGGAGAGGGCUGGUCGAGUCUGAGGUCCCGGAAACUUCACCUAUGGGACGGGAGGGGAAUUCUCACAUGUUGGGUGCUCCUGGAAAACAGUCAAGGAUCUGCGGCGCGUGUGCAUUGGCUGGCGUGACCUGCAUACUUGAUAGGCUUGAAUGGGUGAGGAAUAGUUUGUGUAUCCAUCUCCCCUGUAUCCCUGCUCUCGACACAUUGGAAACCAGCGUUAAAACCAGCCACCAACCAACCCUUUCCCCUCUGGCGAAGCUCCACAUUACAGAGGAGAACGUGGGUUUUAACUGCCUGCUCCGUGCCUGACCCAGCCAGCCCCAUGGACCCCUCACCCAACAAGCUGGGGCUGCUCAGUUUUCAGGAGAAAGCUGGCACUGAGUAGCCCACCUUCCAGAUCCUGCUUUGCACACAAGGGGACUCCAGGCCACCCCUUCCUUCAAAGAACUGGGUGGAAGUGGAAGCAGGAAAGUGGGAGGGGGAGGGAAAGAGGGGGACACUUUUGCAAAAGCUUUCUUCAGAUCUGAUGGAAACCAGCGCUCUCCAGAUCAGAUUGUGGGAGUCAAGUCUGGAGAGAGAAGGAUUAUUUUGCUGCGCCUUCUCCGUCGAUGUUUCUCCCCAGUGUAUACAAGAUGCAGCGACAGGCACCUGUUCAAACUGAGCCCAUUUAAGAUUAAGGGAAAGCAACAGGCACGACUCUUUUCAUGGGUUGGCAUGCGGAGAGUAAUGGAACUAGCAAGCCGAGGAGGCAAAAAAAAAAAAAAAAAAAACGUCCCAA